AACCUUCUCUCUUGUCUGCUCCCUCUAUCUCUCUGUGUCUCUGUGUCUUUUCCCAUUACCCAAUACUUCGUUGAGCAUACCAAGUCCUGCAGUCAAAGCUUUGGCCGCGAGGACGAGGAUCCAACCCCAACACAUAGACCCAGAGACACAGAGAAAGAGAGAUAUAUGAUUAUCUGGAACCCAAAAAACCUCUGACCCUUUUGUUCAAAAUCAAGCAAAAGCCGACAAACAUGCCCACUCUUACCAAGCUUUAUACAAUUCAAGAAGCUUCCCAGCAUAACUCCAAGGACGAUUGCUGGGUUGUCAUCGACGGCAAGGUGUAUGAUGUGUCAUCAUAUUUGGAUGAGCAUCCUGGUGGAGAUGAUGUUUUCUUUGAUGUAAGAGGAAAAGAUGCCAUUGAGGAAUUCGAAGAUGCGGGGCAUAGUAAAAGUGCAAGGGAGCUCAUGGAGAAGUUUUGCAUCGGUGAGCUUGACACCACUCCCAUUCCGGAACUUGAAAUUACAUCCAAGAAAGAAGGUUAUUCUAAGAAAGUUGCAGACUUGACAAAGCAAUACUGGGCUGUCCCUGUUGCCAUUGUUGGCAUCUCUGUGGUAGUUGGUUUCUUGUACUUGCGUAAGAAGUGAUGCAAUACAAUUUUGCCUUAGCAAGUUUCUCUCGUCACAAUUUUGAAUAACUAGAAAGGAUGGCUAAUUGAGAAACUGUCUUUUUUUUUUUUUUUACAAAAUUUUCAAAUUUUGGUUUUUGAAUAAUUAGAAGAACUGCAAUUGAUUCAUUGAUAUGGAAAUUGAUGUAAGGAUGUCCAAAUACGGCAACUCUAUUGAAACUGAGAAAUUUUUUGCCUCCCAUAUUUGUGGGUUGGAUUCGUUGAUUCAAAACUUUGAUGUAUGCUACAUGGAUUUAUAACCCCAAAAAAAAAAAAAAAAAAAUCAAGUUGCAUUAUUUUUCGA